AAAUGUUUUAUCCAUAUGACUUUGAAGAAUCAGAAGAGAACUUGUCAGUGCCAGUUUCAGUUUCAGAUGAUGAAGUAGAUGUCUACCAAAACCAAAUGUUUGCUAAUCAUUUUAAUCAAACUCCAAGUCACUCAUUCUCAUCAAAGAAUGAUGACGAGGAAGAAGAUGAUGAUGUGAUUGAUCAAAGCAGAAUAUUUAACCUUGCAGAAGUCAAAGUAUUUUUGGAUGAAGUUAUUUGUCCAAUAUGCUGUCAAAUAAUAGUUAAUCCAAAGGUAUGCAAAGAAUGCGAUUAAAGCUUUUGUGGGAGAUGUAUUGAAAAAUGGUAUUUUGGUAUUGCUCAAAAUUUAGGUUUUAAAAUUCAAAUCAACAAUGUCCAUGUUGUAGAAAAAGUAAAAUCUCUCACAGCAAUGCUUAUUAAAAUUUAGGGAUUAUGGAAGGAAAAGUACCAAAAGUACUACUCAAAUUAUUAAGUAAAUUGCUUUUAACUUGCAGAUAUAGUGUAUAUAUUUUUUAAAUAAUUAGUAAGAUGGCUGUGAAGAAAUUAUCACUUAUGACUUCCGUGAGAAACAUGAGAAUAAUUAUUGUUAAUAUUAGCAAUUAGAUUGUCCCAAUAGAGGUUGUGAGGAGGUGAUGUUUCGUAAGGAUAUUGAAGAUCAUUAUUUGGAAUGUUAAUUUGGGAGUGUUCGAUGUAAAUAUUGUUCAGAGGAUAAACUUAGAAUGGAAAUAGAAUCACAUGUAAUAACUAAUAUCUAAAUUAGUUAUAUGAAUGUCCAUGCAGACCUAUUUUAUGUGAAUGGUGUCAAGAAAAGCAGUAAGCUAUUGACUUCAAUGAUCAUCUUGAGUUAUGUGAAUUUAAGGACAUCUUUUGUUAGUAUUGCAAGAAGAAAUACAAAAGAUAUGAUAUGAAAAUACAUACUCCCAUAUUUUGUCUGAAUAAUCUUUAUGAAAAUUCUCUUGACUUACUUUAACAAAAGGAUGAAUAGAUUUUUGAAUUGCAAAAAUAAAUCGAAUAUUUGAAGUCCAAUAAACUAAUGGAAUAGUCUGAUUUAAAUUAAUCAACCUAUGAGGUCUUGAGUGAAAAAUACAAAUAAGAUUUUGAGGAGGAAGUCGAAGAAGUCAUAGAGGAGGAUAUUCAAAUCGAAGAGAGUGAUUAAGAAUAAGAGUAACAACUCGAAAAAGCCAACUUGAAGCAACUAUCUCAAGAAAACUAUGAAAAUUUAGAUAAACAACCUUAGAAAGAUGAUAAAUAGACUGUUGUUGAAAUUCAACAUUUUAAGAAUGAAAGCAUACCUACUUAUGAUGAUUAACUGAAAGACCAUUGGUAUUGCCAAGAUGUUGAAAUUAAUUAAAUGAUUGAUUUUUUGAAUUUAUGAAAUGC